AUGUCAUGCAAGCUUUGUGCUGAAAUUCUAAGUUAUACACCACUGUUCUUUAUGUUAUUCUCGUUCGCGAUUUGUGCUUUGCUCUGCACUAAUGAACCUCCUGAAGCAACGCCAUCAAAUGAAAAGAUUGAAAAGAGCGAUGAAGACUUCGAAGAAACUUCCCCUUCACGAACGAAUAUCAGAUUAAGCGAAGCCAGUGCAGAAGAGUGCACGAGUUUUGGUGCACAAACCAAAUCGAGUGAAAAUCAGUUGCUGAGUAAAGCCUUGACUGAUCGUGAUAAGAUCUUGGUAAAUUAUCAUAAAACUGAUUUGCUUCUCUGCGCUUUCCACGUUCCAGUAUUUGCUAGUUUUGGAUUUUAUGAGUUUACAGAUGCUGUUGGACACAAACAAUCUAUGAGGAACGAGUAG